AUGUCACUACUAAAGAGCAGCAGCCGGCUCAGAGCCUUACUGCGCACUCCCACCCCAAGAUGCAGCGUGCCAACCCGGACGCAGCGCUCUUAUGCGCUGUCUGCAGCUGCAACGGCCGCGAUUGAGAAAGAUGCCGCUCUGCUCACCCCCGAUCCGCCCGCCGACUCACAGACCCGCCGCAUGGUCGACUCCUACUCCCCCUACAUGRUCGCCACCUAUGUCCGUCCACCGCCCGUCUUUCACAAAGGCGAGGGCUGCUUCCUUUACGAUAUCGAGAACCGCCAAUACCUCGACUUCACUGCCGGUAUUGCCGUCAAUGCAUUGGGGCAUUGCGACCCGGAAAUGAGCAGGAUCCUAUACCAGCAGUCACAGACUCUCGUGCACAGUUCAAACUUGUACUACAAUCCGUGGACGGGUGCAUUGAGUCAACUGCUCGUGGAGAAGACGAAAGAGGCCGGUGGCUUUGACAUUGCCCGCGCUUUCAUCUGCAACUCCGGCAGCGAGGCCAACGAGGCCGCCAUCAAGUUCGCCAGGAAGUACGGUAGCAGCGUGCAACCGGACGGCAGCAAGUUUGAACUCGUCAGCUUUCAAGGAUCGUUCCAUGGCAGAACCAUGGGCUCUCUCUCCGCAACGCCGAAUCCCAAGUAUCAGAAGCCUUUUGCACCUAUGCUGCCGGGCUUCAGGUAUGGAACCUAUAAUGACAUUGCCGGUAUCAACGAACUUGUGACCGAGAAGACCUGCGGUGUCAUCAUUGAGCCAAUCCAGGGAGAAGGCGGUGUCAAUGUCGCCACUCACGAGUUUCUGCUUGCCUUGCGAAAGCGCUGCACAGAGGUCGGUGCGGUUUUGAUCCACGAUGAAAUCCAAUGCGGUCUUGGCCGUACGGGCAAGCUUUGGGCUCAUGCGGAGCUUCCUCGCGAGGCCCAUCCUGAUAUUGUCACGACUGCAAAAGCCCUUGGAAAUGGCUUCCCUAUCGGCGCUACCCUUGUGACCGAGGACGUCUCGAGCAAAAUCGUUACUGGCGAUCACGGUACGACGUUCGGCGGCAAUCCAUUGGGAAGCAGGCUGGCGCACUACAUCGUAUCACGUCUUUCCGAUCCUGAACUCCAAAAGGGCGUUCUCCAAAAGGAGGCUCGCUUCCGAGAACACUUUGUUCGCUUGAAGGAAGCAUUCCCCGAUGUUGUGCAAGAGGUCCGAGGGCGUGGUCUGAUUCUUGGGGUGCAGUUGAAGAGCGAUCCAACACCGAUCAUCACAGCUGCCCGUGAACGAGGACUUCUCCUCAUCACAUGCGGCACCAACACCCUCCGAUUCGUACCACCUUUGAUCAUCUCCAACGAGGAGAUCGAUCAAGGUAUGAAGAUUCUUGGGGAAGCCUUCACAGCUGUCUAUCGCGAACCAGGCCAUAUCGAAGGCACUGAUGGACAGCAAGAGAUGCGAUGA